CGAAACCACAGAACGGUAUCACGAUUUAUCUAGUGAUUCGAGCUUGAUUUUUAUUGGUGUAUUCUGGACAAUUUAUGUGAUAUUUUUUCAUUUUAUUUCAACACGAAAUAUUUAAUAUUAACUAUUUUUAAAAUAGCAUGUUAAGUUGAUUGAAUUUUUGAACAAAUGGUCCGACCAGGGUCAUAUAAAUUAUAAAUAGAUCUGAACCGUGAUUCACAUAUGUAUUCAUAUAUUAAAACAGUAUCACAUACAUACAUUUGUGGAUGUUAUAACUCUGAAGUUUAAUGUUUCAAAAUAAAAAGAUAGGUUAUGUUUUCACAAGUUUUCUUUCAUAUGUUGUUAAUUGAAUAAAAAUUGUUAUAUUAAGAGCAAAAAUCAUUUCGAACACAUAUAUCUUUUAGUUUCAGAAAAUAAAUAUUUAUGGCAAAAUAAUUGUUUUUAGUGUUAUUUCAUCUCAUUUAUGAAGCAUCAUAAUUUGAAAUUAUGUAUGAAAAAUUCAUAAAAUAUUAUUGAUAGAAAUAAAUAUAAAAUUUUAUUAAUUCAUGUAUGAGACAUGGACAAUAAAAUGAAUUGUAACUCGUUUAACGUGGAUAAUUUAAUUAAACAUUUCCUAUAUUGUACACCAAUAAAUACAAUAGACAUUCUCAUUUCAGGAGAAAAUAUUAAUUGUCUAGUUAAUUCAAAAAAACAACAAGAGAUCUUGGAAAGAACAGUAAAUAGUGACUUAAUUAAAAAAUAUCCAAUUAAACAAUCUUAUCAGAGGGCAUUUUUAAAAUGGCUUAUGAAAAAGAUUGAAGAUGAAGGUGGUGAAAUUUACGACAGUAUUUAUACAACAUAUUGUAAUUUAAUAUCUUCCACUAUAGAAGAAUCUAUUCACUAUCGGCAUUUUCUAAUGGAAAAUAAUUGCAUUAGUAUAAAAGAAAGCACGAAUAUUAUAUCAGAAGGUACAACAGGAUUGUGUAGUUGGCAGGGAGCCAUUGAGUUAAGUAACUGGUGCUUAGGAAAUAAACAAAAAUUAUUUGGAAAAGUUAUUUUAGAACUUGGUUGUGGUGUUGGAUUAACAGGAUUAUCCAUUAUUAAGACAUGUUUUCCCAAACAAUAUAUAUUUACAGAUUGUCAUAAAAUUGUUCUUGAAAUGGUUUCUGAAAACAUUAAACUUAAUUUAUUAUGUAAUGAAAGGAAAAUAGAACCAGAACUAAAACAUGAUAGAUUGAAAUUGCAAUUAAGUUAUAAUCAUACAGAUGUUAAAAUAAAAGAGCUAAGAUGGGAAGAUAUUAAUAAAUAUGUGAAUGAACAAUGGAUCAUACCAGAUAUAGUAAUUGGAGCUGAUAUUUUAUAUGAUGUCAAUUCAUUUUCUGGAUUAAUAUCAGGAUUAAAAGGACUUUUAUCUUUUCCUAAUAGAUAUGCGAUUAUUGCAGCAACAAUUCGCAAUGAAAACACUGUUUUACAGUUUCUAUAUCAAUUAGCACAUUAUGAUCUUUCUUUUAAAGAAUAUAAUAUACCACAGCAAACGGUACACCAAAAGUUAGCAAGUGCACCUGUUAAAAUAUUAAAGAUUUUUCAGAAAUAAAUUUAAGAUAAUAAAUUUUUAUUGACAUAAUGUUUUUGACAAUAAUAAUUAUUUUAAAAUGAUCUUACUGGAUUUCAAAGGCAAUUUGUUGAAUAUCUAUCAUAUAGUAAAUUUUACUUAAUACUUGUUUUGUAUAUUUACAUUUGCAAAUAAAGAAUAUUUACUAUAAAUGUAUUUAAAUAUACUUCACCAACAGGGAAAAAUGUACACAGUAAUUAUUUAUAUUUCAAUGGAAAUUAUAUAAUAAAAAUUAUUUAUUUGUAAACUUAUUAAUAUCAAGCGGAUAACUUUAUUUAUUUCUUACUUACCAGAGAGAUUUUCUCUCAGUGUCUCUCAGAUUCACAAAAAAAUUGUACAAAUCCUGUUUUAUUGAAUGGAAUGAUAUAUUUAAUUUAAAACAUUUAAAAUACUGAUAAAAAGAUUGCGAGAAUUGCCAUAUAUUGACUUCAAAACAAUUUUAAAUGUAAAUAAAAAUCUGAAAAAUAUAUAAUGUAGAGAGUUAUAUAAAUAUGAAUAUAAUUGCAAUAACCAUUGCUUUACAUUUGAAUGAAAAAUAAUGAGGGACUUAUAUUAAAUGAAAGUUUUUUAUGUUUAUAUCAAUAGUAUGUAUUUUUUUUUUAAUAGCUCUUUUUUGGUCACUGAUUUUCUAUCAUAUGUUAUUGCGACUAUCUCUCAAUAACCUCACGCCAUAAUAAAUAUUAUUAUAGAUAUAGUUUUCUAGUGCAACAUUCUUACGAGCAAUCAUUAAGAGCAAAAGCAAUAUAUAUUUUUAUUAAUUUUUAAUAUUUUUCUUUACUCAUAUUAAAUUGUAUUAAUAAAUUAUAGUUUUAUUUAUAUUAUUUAUAUUAUCAUAUUUGUUAUAUAUUAUUAUACGUA